CACAGCGUGGUUUCCCAAGCCACGUUUUGGGAACCCACCGGUAAUCAUACACUGCGUGGGUCAGUUGUUUGGUGUUUUGAGUAAGACACAGCUCCAGGCAUGCAGCAGCAGCAGCAGGGGACCAAGCGGUGGGAUGAAGGGCAUCCGGCGACGAAACUGCAACUUAUGGCGACCGCGCUGACCUGCCCUGUGACCUCACGCCGUCUCGCCGAGCACCUUGACGCGACGGACUCCCUCCGUGGCUUCCGCGAAUCCUUCCACGUGCCCCGUAUGCGCGACCUGUCCGCCGUGGACAAGUCACUGCUGGAAGGAGACAUGGACCAGGAGUGCGUGUACCUGGCGGGAAACUCGCUGGGGCUGAUGCCGCGUGCUGUCCGCACUGUUUUGGAGGAGGAGCUGCACAAAUGGGCCACCACGGGGGUGUAUGGACACCAUGAAGGUGCCAGGCCCUGGGCUUUGUGCGACGAGAUUCUCACUGCCAACAUGGCCACAAUCGUAGGAGCGGAGGCCCAUGAGGUGGCGGUGAUGAAUGGCCUGUCCAUUAACCUGCAUCUUCUGAUGCUGGCAUUUUAUAAGCCCACUGCACAGCGAUACAAGAUCAUGCUGGAAGCCAAAUCGUUCCCAUCAGACUAUUAUGCGAUGGAGUCUCAGAUUCGACUGCGUGGCCAUGACCCAGAGAAGACCAUGCUGCAGAUAUUGCCUCGUCAGGGGGAGGAGACACUGCGUCCUGAGGAUGUGCUGGAGAUCCUGGAGAGGGAGGGAGACUCUAUCGCCCUGGUCCUCUUCGGUGGCGUGCAGUACUACACGGGACAGCUCUUUGACAUGCCCGCCAUCACCCAUGCUGCACACACCAAGGGCUGCCUGGUGGGGUUUGACCUUGCGCACGCCGUGGGGAACGUGGAGAUUUUCUUGCACGAGUGGCAGGUGGACUUCGCCUGCUGGUGCUCGUACAAGUACUUGAACUCGGGGGCUGGAGGGUUGGCCGGAGCCUUCAUUCAUGAGAAGCACAUGAAUACGAUCAAUCCUGUGCUCAUUGGCUGGUGGGGUCACAAGUAUGAGACCCGGAUGAAAAUGGACAACAAGUUGCAGCUGAGUGCUGGAGUAAGCGGUUUCCGCAUCUCCAACCCACCCAUCCUGCUCGUGUGUCCGCUAGAAGCCAGCUUAAAGAUCUUCGUGGAGGCUAGCAUGCCUGCGCUGCGCGCCAAGUCGCGACUGCUCACCGGCUACCUGGAGCUGCUACUGCUCACGCUGUUCGCCGAGAGCCCCAAGGGAGGUGCGAGCGUGCGCCUUAUCACGCCCAGCGAUCCCGAGCAGCGCGGCUGUCAGCUGUCGCUCUCGUUCUCCAUUCCCAUCGGCGUCGUUUACCAUGAGCUCAAGCGCAGGGGCGUCGUUUGUGACAUGCGGGAGCCGUUCGUGUUGCGGGUGGCCCCAACUCCGCUCUACAACUCAUUUCAAGACGUCUGGCGUUUCGUGCACACCCUGGCAGAAGCACUGAAUGCCGUCCAGUAGUCGCGGGUACAAAUCUCGCAUAGGACCGGGGAUAUGGGGUUCAAGAUAAGUAGCAUGCAGUAAAUCAUAACAAAGUUCACGAUCUAGACGAUUGCAACCUGUUCUGUAGGUCCAGGAGAAAAUCUGGAACCUUGGCAAAAUGUAGAACCCGAGUAUUAUGUAGAGGUAGCAGAAGAUACAGUUUAUGACUUGGGGCAGUCAUUCAAAAUGAAACCUUUUCAUUGACACUACAUGAGCCGUUGAUCCAGAUUCCAGAUAGGAAACUUGCGUAACAUUACACAGGGCUAAUUUACAAUGUUACCGAAUUUAUAGAGUAUAGAAAAUCCUGUACACAAGUUGUGGACUUAAGAGUAAGAUACUGCCCAAAAAAAACAAAUGUUUGAUCUUGUUGGUAAGAACCACCACAAGCUGCAUGGCCCAGGCUGCCCAAUGCGCAUUUGAAGAUUAACUAAUGAACAACAUACUUUAUAGAGUUGCAGUCAAGCGUGUAAUUAUAGUGCUCUCGUAAUUUCUCCUUAUGUAUCUCCCAUUAUAAUAUGAUUCCAUCACAGGAGCACUAUAAUUACACGCUUGACUUGCAACUUUAAAGUCUUUUGUUCAGUAAUGAAGCUUCAAACAAAGUUGCCGGGGAGCCCAGGAUGUAAGCCUCGGGUUCAUAUUUUCAAGAAAAAAGCUGUUUCCCUUUUUUAGGGUUAGAUGUUCCUUCGAAUCAAAAUUUCAAUUGGAGGAAUUUAUACAUUAAUUAUAGAUAAUUUUAUAUACAUAAUCAAGAUCAAGAUGUUGCUGAGGCCAAUGCCAAUGAUGAUCAGCUUCACCUCGCCAACGCUUUCCGCCCUCUGCCACGACUACUAAGGUCUGACCUGACAGUCUCCCACCGUCCGCUCUUAGGUAUUCUCCUUGGUCACUGGAUUCGUGCGAGAAAAUAAGUUGCUAGGAUAUGCAAGUAAGUUAGUUUGAUGUCAACAGUCUACCUCUCCCCGCUCCCUUCUGCCUGUUUAUGUGAAUAAUAGCCAAAUGUGAUACAAUGCAAUACCGAUGUAUGAAGCACCUUCAUACGAUUACAUCUCGAGACAAAUGAAGGAAAAGUCAAUAUCUGAAAAGUUUUAAGAAGAGGGAACUUUGUACGUUUUUUUUUGUGCGCAGGAAAUGAGGUGGAGAGUGCUGUAGACCCCAGAGAGCAUUGAGAGUGCGCUGUAGCCAUGUGACUAAAAACUUCGUACACAUACAGUCAGGGUUUAGCAUGGGGCUUAAACGGGUGUUUGCACAUGCUUAAUUAAAUACGUAUUAUAUUUCAUUAAACGAAAACUAAGAUAGGCUUAAAUUUUGAUUUAAAGCUUUCGUGACUGCAGUAAUUCAUAUUCUUAGUUUUUUCGGUAAAGUCACUUUGAAGGGAAGCAACAAAAUAAUAAAAUA